AAUACACACACAAGGAGAAUCCCGCCUCGAAAAAACGUUAAAAAGCCAAAAAGGGGGGGACCCGGUGGUGGAGAACGAAAUAUUUUCUCAUAUAGAAACUUGAAUUCAAGGGGUCAAGAUGGUUUAGGGUUUAAAGGGGGUUAGGAUUUUUUUCCUUUCGUUUUCGCGAGUGUUUUACAAGUGAUUAGUGUUUAAAGUUUUGUUUAAUUCUUGAAAAAAGUGAUUAUUUUUACAAGUGUAACGCGUUAUUGUUUCAAUAUAUCGAGUGUUUUUUUUUCUAAUUGUUACGUUUCAUAAAUAUCUCCCCUCACAAAAUGUCUUUUUCCAAGGCGAGAAUUCAACGAUUCAACGAACUUGGAAGUGAGGCACCGCCGCCCGGAGCUUACGAUCCAAAAUUCGAAAACAAAGUCAAAGGACUUGCAAUUGAGAAAACGGAGAGAUUUCAAGAUUCAAAAAGUGUAUCGAGCAGCGCAGAAUGCAUGUCAGUGUCAAGCAAAGGGGCCGGCAGUACCUCUGGUCUCAAAUUCAAAACGCCACCAGUGCCAAGGAGAAAAGUUCUUGUAAAACAUGGAACAAUGUCUUGUCCAAGAGCAAAAACAAAGCUGUUAAUUUGUCCAAAGGAAUCGAAAGCACAAUACGAUAUGAAAAAUGAAUUGGCCGAUUUGAAAGUUGAAUGUUCAAAUAAAGACAAAACAAUUCAGGAUCAGGAAAAACAUAUCGAGGAUAUGAUUGAAGAGAUAACGGAUUUUAAAAAACGAUUAAUUGAACUCAAUGAAAAAUGUAUUAACGAUGAAGAGCAAUAUCGACGUGAUAUCGAGUCCAUGGCAAAAUUACAGCAGGAAGUAUUGCUUAGUCAUCAGGAGAAGCAUAAAGUUGAAUUGGAUUUUUUGCGUUCACAAUUAUUGGAAUUGGCGAAUUUUAAGAAAGAAGAAAUUCUUGGAUUCAAUCGACGUGAAGUUGAAUUUAUGGAUGAAAUUGUCGCAUUUAAAUGCAAAGAAGCCGAAUUAAAUAAUCGAAUUCAUAUGUUGGAAAAUAAUUUAUCAAAUGCACAGGGUGUCGAGGAAUUGGCAUUGAAUUUAAAGAAAGCCGAGGAAAGAUUAAAUGAAUUAUCUACUGAAAUGUUGGACAUUAUCGAUAAUAAAGAUCACGAAUUAGAAACUCUCAUGGAUCUAAAAAGUGAAAUUGAAGACGAAUUAAACAUCAUACGCGAAGAAUUUCAGGAAAGCCAACAGAGAGCAAAUGAUUUGGAGCGAAAUUUGGAGAAUUUAACGGAAAGUUUAGAAUCGAAUUUAGCAUCAUCAAAAAGUAAAUUUACAUCGGAAAUUCUUGAUUUUAUUGAUUUUUCACUAAACUCAUUAAAUACGAACGAGGAGAAUGUGAAUAUUUUAAUGGAGGAUAAGGAAAUUGAGGUGAGAUUUAAAGAAAUCAUAGAAAAUUUUAAACAAACAAAAAAUAAGGAAAUCGAUGAUUUAAAGGCGAAAUUUGAGAAUCUGGAAAAAGAAUGUGAAGCGGAAAAAUUUAUGAGGCACGAAUACGACGUCAAACACAAGGAAUCAAAUGAAACUUUACAAUUUUUAACUGAAGAAUUGGAAAAAAUCCAAAUGCUUUACAAAGAUGCUUCUCUUCAACUGCAAAUGGCGAAUGCAAAAUUGGAAACUGCAAACGAGAGGCAAAUGGAAAUGGAAACUGAGCACAAAAUAAAAGUGGAGGAUCUUUCGAUAUUUUAUGAAGACGAGAAGAAAAUAUUGAGGAACUUAAUGGAGGAAGCAAGAUUGGAAUAUCUUCAACAAAUCGAAAACAUGUCGAAUGCAAGAAAUCAGGAAUUAAAGGAAUUGGAGGAGAAAAUGGAGAAAACUAUUGACGAUGAACGAAAGCGAGUAAAGGAGCACGCCGAUAAACUUGUGGAAAAUGCUGAAGCAAUUACGCGGGAAACUUUGGCGGCGUGUCGGGCCGAAAGUGAAGAACGAGUGAAAAGAGUGAUUACGGAAUCGGACACAAAAGUGAAUAAUAUGGUGCGAGAGAUGGAAAAAGUUACGGACAACGAAAUUCGUUUGGCUAAUGAAAAAUUUACAACUUCCUUAAAAUGUGUUGAGACUGAGAAAUUAUCUCUUGAGGAAAAAUUGUCGGAGGCAAAUUUAGAAAUUACUCAACUCAAGUCGACUCUCGAGGAGUUGAAAAAUGCCGCUGAAACUCAGGAGAGUUUCAGUCAAAGUUUACAAGCGGAAUUGGAUCGAGCCGAGGCCGAAUUAGCGGAGAAGAAAGAAGAAUUUCGCAAUUUUAAGGAUCACAUCAGAACUGAAGCUGCAGAAAUGGUUUCGCGAAGAAGAAGAUUCGAGGUGGUAAUGUCAGAGAAUCAAGCGUCUCUUGCAGCCCUAUCAAAUCGUCUCGCACAAAGUGACAAUGAAGUGAAAAGACUUCAGCGUGAAUUGGAAAUUAGUGAUACUUCAAUUAGCGAUUAUCGUGAUUUAUUGUCAACAAUGCAAAAUAAUGUGAAACAUCAUCAGGAACAAAUGCAAUUAAUUUCCGAACAAUUGAAAACAAAGGAGAAUCUCAUUGAUGAAAUUGAGGAAAAUUGUCGCGUUGAAAUUCAAACGAUAAAAUUGUCACUUGAGAAAAAAAUUGACACUGUCAUGGAGACAACUGCAAAUGAAGUGUCACGACUACAAGAGGAAUGCACAAAUAAAACUAAACUCAAUAUUGAGUUGAAAAAAAUGUUGGACGAAAUGUCAACAAAAUGGAAUGAUGUGCAAAUAAUGUUAUUGCAAUUCGAAGAACAAAUGGACGAGCAAUCGAUUGAAAUUGCAAAUUUAGAGAUUAAAAAUGCAAAAUUGGAAAUCGAGCUCAAAAAUCAAGUGAAUCUUUUAAAUGAGAGCAAAACGCGAGAAUUCGAAAAUGAAGAGAAUCUACAAAAGUUGAAAGAACUGCGAGUGAAAAUUGAAGAUAUACAAGCAACGAAUCUUCAUAUGAAGGAAAAAAUUGAAAAAUCCGAGGAAGAGAAGAAAAGUUGGAAAACAGUGGAAACGUCAUUAAUGGAAAAUUUGAAGAAAGAAAAAUUAUUCCGAGAGAAUAGUGAAAGAGAAUUGAACGUACUUUCGGAUACUUUCGAGCGAAUUAAAAGUGAAUACGAAGAAUUAAAUGAGAAAUAUGCCGAAGUUUUGGGACAUCACAACAAUCAUCAAAGGAUCAAGCACAUCUCAAAAUUGAAGGAUAAAAUUCUCAGUCAACAAAAGGAUAAUCUAAAAUUAAAACAGGAACUUGAAUGCAAGACGAAGCUAAUUGAACAAUUAACGAUGACAACGACGACAAAAUUAAGCACAGAGAAAAUUGUUAAAUUGGCCAAAGGAAAGGAGAAUGUGUGCUCUUUGGGAAAAACGUCGGCGCCGCAAAAAAUACGUACAAAUUCUUCUACUGCACUAUCGAAAAGUGCAAAUACAACGCCAACAGCAUCGCCAAGUAAACCCUUAACGCCUCUACGUAAUCGAAACGACUAACAAAAAGAAAAUAUAAAAUUUCAUUAAAAAAAACUAUAAAAAUACAAAAAAAAUCACAAGAAAAACUAUAAUUAUAUUUUAUAAGUAAAAUUAAUAUUCAUCAUUAUAAGGAAAUAACUGUUAAAAAGAAAACAUUUGCAAUCACAAGAAACAGACUUCUAGAGAAAAUUAUUUUAAAUGAAAAAAAUAUUUUAAUUCUUUAAAUGAAAAGAAAUAAUAAUUUACAAAAAAAAAAGAAAUAAUAUGCAAUUCUGUAAAUAAUUUUUAUAUUGGAGUUUCAAAUUCGUUUUUGUUACUUUCGACAGUCGACAAAAAAUUCAGAGAGUCGAAAAAAAAAUUAUAUAUUAUAUUAGAUAACAAUUUACAUUUUUCCCAACGAGGGAAAUUUUUAUAUCACUAAGAAAACAAUAUCAUAUAUUUUUAUAGACAAUAAGAUUAAAAGAGAAUUAAUAUUUUCUUUUUUCUAUUCUUAAAUUUUUAAAUUAAAUUUUUUAAACACUUGUUUUAAAUCAACGUCCAAAAGUUA